AUGUUAGGCGAACUGAACUGGAUUUUCACUGCAAUUACCGAUACAAUCGCGUGGAAUACUUUACCCCGCGAUCUGUUUCAACGCCUAUUCAGACAAGACUUAUUAGUUGCGAGUCUUUUCCGCAACUUCUUGUUGGCCGAGAGAAUAAUGCGAACGUAUGACUGCACUCCCGUCUCAUACCCGGCACUCCCGCCCGCAUACCAUCACCCGAUGUGGAAUGCGUGGGAUUUGGCCGUAGAUUUGUGUUUAGCACAACUCGACCCCAUUGUCAAUGAAAACGCUCAGUACAAACACAGCCAAUUCUUCUCAGAACAAUUGACUGCCUUUGAAGUGUGGCUCAAAUUAGGCGCUCGACCCGACAGACACCCCGAACAGCUCCCAAUCGUACUACAAGUGCUUCUCAGUCAAGUCCAUAGGUCUCGGGCUCUGGAUCUUUUGGGACGGUUCCUAGACUUGGGUCCCUGGGCUGUGCAUCUGGCGCUUUCUGUUGGAAUUUUUCCAUAUGUCUUAAAAUUAUUGCAAAGCUCUGCCCGAGAACUCAGACCUCUUUUAGUGUUUAUUUGGGCGAAAGUAUUGGCUGUCGAUCAGUCAUGUCAGGCAGACUUAGUCCGAGAUAAUAGUCAUCGAUAUUUUCUGAGUGUACUCUCAGAUCAACACAUGCCCGAAGAGCACAGAACAAUGGCUGCGUUUGUGAUGGCCUGCAUUGUUAAGAACCAUUUGGCCGGACAGGAAGCGGCACUUCAAGGAAACACACCAUCGAAUGGGAACUUAAUCGAUCACUGUUUGGAACAGUUGCAGUCCCAGUGUUCCGAUGGCUACAGUGCACCCAUCGGUUCCACGCCGUUAUUGCGCCAAUGGUUAGCCAUAUGUUUGGGCCAUAUAUGGGAGAACAAUGCGAACGCCCGUUGGAUCGGCACUCGAAACACUGCUCACGAAAAACUAUUUGUUCUGCUGGAAGACCCGGUGCCCGAAGUGAGGGCUGCGGCCGUCUAUGCUUUGGGAACGUUUAUUAAUAGUGUAACCGAACGGACAGAUCACGCAAACGCUUUGGACCAAAGCAUUGCUAUCACUUUAAUUAAUAAAGUGUUGAACGAUAGCUCACCACUGGUUCGCAAAGAACUAUUAGUAGCACUUCAU